AUGCGGCUUAGAGACUCAUGGUUGAAGCAGGAAAUGCUACCAGUCAUUCAACUCCAUCCACCUCUACGAUAUUCGUCUUUGUGUCUCCUGGAUGAAGCAGGAGAAAGGAACGAGUCAUUCGACACUAUCCACCGCUGUGGUGUGCGGUUUGUAGACUCCUGGUUGAAGCAGGAAAAAGGAACGAGUCAUUCGACUCCAUCCUCCUCUACGGCGUUCAGCCUUCUGUAUAAAUCAUCCAGGCUUUCUUUCCCCAUUAAGCGUCCGAGGAAUUCCAACUCUCUAUUUAUUGCCAGGCCGAUGGCUAUUCUAUGUGGUCUGUUUGUGGCCAGCGACACUAUCUACGCAUUAGGCCAGACUAUCUAUCUAUCUAUCUAUCUAUCUAUCUAUCUAUCUAUCUAUCUAAUACCCUCCCUAUCUAUCUAUCUAUCUAUCUAUCUAUCUAUCUAUCUAUCUAUUCAAUACUCUCCUUAUCUAUCUAUCUAUCUAUCUAUCUAUCUAUCUAUCUAUCUAUCUAAUACCCUCCUUAUCUAUCUAUCUAUCUAUCUAUCUAUCUGUCUGUCUGUCUGUCUGUCUAUCUGCUGUCUAUUCAAUACUCUCCUUAUCUAUCUAUCUAUCUAUCUAUUCAAUACUCUCCUUAUCUAUCUAUCUAUCUAUCUAUCUAUAUAUCUAUCUAUCUAUUCAAUACUCUCUUUAUCUAUCUAUCUAUCCAUCUAUCUAAUACCCUCCUUAUCUAUCUAUCUAUCUAUCUAUCUAUCUAUCUAUCUAUCUAUCUAUCUAUCUAUUCAAUACUCUCCUUAUGUAUCUAUCUAUCUAUCUAUCUAUCUAUCUAUCUAUUUUCUAUCUAUCUAUCUAUCUAUCUAUCUAUAUAUAUAUAUAUAUAUAUAUAUAUAUAUAUAUAUAUAUAUAUAUAUAUAUAUAUUCUCCAUAAGCAUCUAUCUAUCUAAUUAUCUAUCUAUCUAUCCUAAUAUAUCCCAUAUUUAUCUACUUUCUUAUUCGUAUGUCACUGCUGUUCGUAACCGUCUAAAACUUUUUGCUCUUAAGGCGACUUCGAUGUUUACCACGACUUUUCAUCAUUAA